AUGGCAUUUAAGAUGCUGUUGGUUGUAGUACUAACGGUCUCGGUGCUGACAGCCAACGCAAAUCGAAACCACGAUCUGGGCGUGUUAAAGGGCACAGUGCAGACUCUCGCGCGUCAACUCAUGCUGCAACAGCUCUUCGUGGAGGAACGAAUAAGAUCAGAUGGAGAUUCCGGUGUCAAACAAAUCCGAAUCAACAACAAGGGCACCAGGAGCUACUUUUCGGACACCAUAACUCAGCGAUCUGCCCUCGCUACCCAUGACCACUCGAACUAUGACCGUACUGUGGGUAUGGGCGAACUUAUCGUCGUACUCAAUGGAGUAGAGUUCCGUACGCGACACAACGACUACAAGCUACGUAUGCCCAGUAAACACUCAAAGACAUACAAUGCUAUGGAAGAUCUGCCUUUCCCAGGUGUGCCACCAUCUGUUAGAAACAAACAAACUGUGGCGGAUCAGAUCAAGGAGAUGCGCGAAUAUUUCCGGGCGUUCAAGGAACAGAACACGCAUAUCCGUCAAGACUAUAAGAAUUAUUUCAAGCCCGCCAUGUGCUACCUAGAGGGAGGCUGGACCACAAACACGGAAACAUUAGAGGAACCCUUCCACAGUGACCGCCACUUCUUGGAUGCGGCUGGUUGGGCCGACCUUCACAAGAAGAUCCGGUUUACGUCUUACACCGGAAGUAAGAGUAUGCUGGAGAACUAUAGCUUCUUACCCACCACCCUUGUGGAUGUCAAAAACGGAACACCCCAGUACUCUCAAUGGAACUACCGUAUCCUUUGCAAUCCUAUCAAAACACAGCUCGGGCUCGGAGAUUUUGCUCUUGUUGAUGACCUGGGUCCCCGUCUGGCCAACAGAAAGACUUUAGAUCAGAUGUCACUGAGCAGAGCGGCCAGGUUUACACUGAAUCCAACACACGGCACUCACCACUUCAACAGCACUCUCGGACACGGCAAGCUGGACAUUAGGCUUUACGGACAGGGCAUCAUAGAUAACAUCAUGCAGGAAAUUCCAGGGAAAGACAACUAUCUGGCAAAUCUAAAUGACAAUGCAUAUCUUAAAACGGAAUACGACAUGAAGUACGCCAACAAUACACGUCUUAACACUGGGUACUAUCACCGCUGGUUCAAGUAUCAAACACCGGGCAAUUCAAGAACAUACACCGCAUAUCGGGGUUACGCCGAUCAAAACCUGUGGACCGCUCAGACUACACAACCCCAAAUAACACCCCGAACCAUCAAGUACUGUUACACAGACCGACACACCCAUAAACGCACAUGUACUAACCAGGUCUCGAGGUACACCUACGCCAUCCCAUUGGAAAUAAUUUGGCUAACACCACUGUAUAGAUGGAAUCCAUAUGACCUCACAUUCCACCACGGACCUUCCACAGUCUCGCCAGCAAAUUCGGUCGACGCAAAUGGUCGAGAUGGUGGUAUGAGCACGUCUAAAGCUUUCAAUGGUACCCGUAAUGACGUCUUUUAUUUCACUCCGAACGAUUUCUUCAAGAGCGGCUCCGAUCCAACCAGAGAGGCAGUAGGCGUCCUGGAUAAACACGGCCUUGUAAGAAGUGUACGGUCCUCGGGCACACGUACUUUCCUUCCAGAUAUCCAAGGCGUUGGCAAAGUGAGAUUAAGAUAUCCCAUCGCUCCAGCGCACUACGAGGGAAAUGCCGUCUACAAAGAGAUAGACGCUCUCAAAGAGAUGGUUAUGAACAUGCAGAAGUACGUUAAGUAUUUUGAGGUGCCACCAGCAGUUGGACAACACACGGCCAACAAUCAGUCUCUCGUGAUCGCUGCUGACGAUGAGCACUUCCAGACGUCCAACGCCACGUGGCACACCCCAGGACCUCACGUACAUGACAUAUAUCUAACCCACAACCAGUACCGUGACGUAACUCACGCCAAGAAUGUAUCAGUAUACACGUCCGUGGCCUUGGGACACCAGCAUUUAAUAGUGAUGUCUGUCGACCCCAAAAACCACACUAUCUUCAAAAUUAACCAAUGUGACGGUCACCCAACAUGCGCUGGGGGUCAUACUAACGUUCUCAACCAUCUUCCUUAG